AUGGUGGAGGUAAGCCUGACGAAGGAUGACGUGACCACAACUGCAAUGCUAAGAUCAAAGUCCCUGAUAAUAUUAGAAUCGACCGACCUAAGACAAACGCUUAGCAGUGCAUUGGAAGCAAUCACAGAGUCACUUUCAAACUACACGCGGGAAGGAUCAGGUUGGGUGGUAGAGGAGGUGGAGGGAUUAGAGAUCAGCAUGGCCAGGUACUUGCCCAUACGAGGAGGUAGUUACGUGCCACUGCCUGCUUGGAUAGAAAGGAAGAAAGCCAUAGUCAACGUAAAGAACAACGAUCACCUAUGCUUUAUGUGGGCAUUUAGAUCAGCGCUGUACCCAGCAGACAAGGAUCUCUGCAGAACGAGCAAGUACCCAAUGGACGAUUUAGAGUGGGAUGGUGUGGAGUUCCCAAUGCAGUUGAUAGACAUACCGAUAUUCGAGCAGGAGAAUGGUCUAGCAAUUAACGUUUACGGUGCUAUGGACCAAACAAUAGUGCCGCUGGUGCUGUCAAAGAACAAAGGAGAGCGCAUACACCUCUUCUACUAUGGUGGGCAUUACUCCUGGGUGAAGCAUGUCAGCAGGCUCUUCUACAGACAUACGAAGCACAAAGGUAAGAAGUACUUCUGCGAUUGCUGCUUGUUGUCGUUUACCAGCCCCAAGGCGCUAAAGGCGCAUGGUGAGAUAUGUCGCGGAGUCGAAGAGGUGGUGCAAAGUAUCCAAAUGCCUGUGGAUAAGGAGCUAUCCUACUCAGAUCAUCAGAAGCAGAUGCAGGUGCCUUACGUGAUUUACGCGGACUUCGAAGCGCUGAUUACCAAAGAAGAGCACAGAAGUGGUGCCACGGAUAAGCUGUGGUUGCACGAGGUGUGCUCCUUUGGGUACAUAGUUGUCAGAUCUGACGGAAACGCCGACCCCCCUGUGAUCUACCGCGGUAAGGAUGCAGCGAAGAAGUUCCUAGAAGCCCUGCGCGAAGAGGAGGAGAUCAUCAGGGAGAAGCUAAAGCGCCGAAAGAAGAUGGUAUUCACCAAGGAGAACCAGGAUGCCUUUGCAAAGGCGAAGAGAUGUCACGUCUGCCAGCAAACACUCUUGCAGUUUGGAAGGCAGGCUCAAAAGGCGUGGGACGGGGAUGGGAAAUACCUAGGAGAAGCGCAUUUUAAAUGCGGUAAGUACGCCAGGAAGGGUGAAAAGCCAGAUAAGCCCUCCACCCACUGCUUCCACUGCCACAAGGCCUUCGUAGAGGAUUUCUACGUGGACAAGGUGAUAGAUUACUGCCCUGUAACGAGUAUAUACAGGGGAGCAGCCCACUGGAGGUGCAACACACGCGUAGAUCCAGAGAUGGAGAUUCCUGUCUUCUUCCAUAACCUUAGGGGUUAUGACAGCCACCUGCUGCUGCAGGGGAAGGACGGGUCGGAGGUCAAAUACAUCCCCAAAAACAAAGAGCGGUACAUUUCCGUACCCGUAGGCAAGCUGAAGUUUGUAGAUUCGCAGCAGUUCAUGGCAGACUCCUUAGCUAAUUUGGUCAGGUACAACACGGAAUUCCCCAUCUCCAGUCAAUAUGGAGCAGAAAGGAAGGGGGUGUACCCCUACGAGUACAUGAGCAGCUGGGAGAAGUUCAAGGAGCCGCUACCUCCAAAGAAAGCAUUCUACAGUACUUUGACUGAAUCAGGCAUAAAGGAUGAUGAAUACCAGCAUGCCUUAGACGUGUGGGAGAAGCACUCCUGUGAGAAUAUGGGGGACUACCAUGACAUUUAUCUGAGAUCCGAUGUCGUGCUAUUAGCAGACGUCUUCAGAGCUUCAGAAAGAUGGCGCUGGAGUACUAUGGGUUGGACCCAGCGAAUUUCUACRCGGCUCCCGGGCUUAGCUGGAGCGCUUUGCUAA